AUGCAGGUAUCUGAGCCCGGUGGUAAAGCAAACGUGUGCCUUCUCUGGGAGGCAUUCUGUGGCGACGUUGAGACACAGUCUUACAUUUCCUGGCAAGUCUCCGUCAAAGCCACCCAAAAAAUCAUGCCUUUUGACCAUAUCAUUCGUGCGGCUGCUCAGCAAGAGCAAUACGAUCUGCAUAUGUCAUCUGACAAUGCCCAGAAAGGCUUUCUUGGAACUUGCAUUAAUUAA